AUGGCCUACUUCGAGUUCCUCCCUAUUCACCGUAACAACAACAAUGGGGUUUCCAAUUCCAUCUCCAUGCCGAAAUCCCUCAAAGAGAAGGAGCAGCAAGAGCUCGUCGACCUCGCCGACGUCAAGCUCGGCCACGAGUACGAGCUCGUCGUCAUCGACCUCGUCGACGUCAAGCUCGGCCACGAGUACGAGCUCGUCGUCACCACUUACACUGUAGUACGCAUCAUAUAUGCCCACUCCCCCGCAGAUCACACAGCGACCCUGGAACGAUCCGUAGUUGCACUCAUCGCAAACUCACACCAACGUGCAAGGGCGCACAUUGGAGUCGCAAAUCACACAUUUGCCAUUGCAUUUCUCGCAGAGUUGCCUAAUGGCGAUGCCCGGCUGCUUCUUGCACAUGAUUAA